CGGACGAGGCUUUAUAAAUCGCGAGGAUGUUCGCCGGUGCCGAACCAGUGACACCUCGACUGCGAUCGAUCGUACUGGUACUGCCGAUUCGACGAAUUCGCACGAUAUCCACGUGCUCGUCGCGAACCGAUUCGCGAGUGUUCAGUUUCAUCAACAUACUGCAGACAAGGUUUUCCAAGAAGCUUAAUACAUGUUAUAGAGUGCUUUAAAAAAAAAGUAUAUAAACCAAGAACGUGCAACAGAGGAAAUCUCGUGGAUACAACUAGUUUCGAUCAGAAGAGUAUCAGCGAGGAUCGACCUGUCUCGAGAAGCUACUUCGUCGUAAACGAGAAUGCAGCCAGGAGUGACGGUGGUUCUGGCCACGGUCUGGCUGGCGGUGUACGCGAAUGUGGUGGGGACAGUUAGCCACUAUCCCUCCCGCCUUACCCUCGAUCAAUACACCCCUUUGCCCCCGCAGUACCAGCAACACGGAGUUUAUCGAAGAGCCGAGGGCCAACCGAACUGGAAGGAUCAGAAUCCUGGCGAGAAUCAGUCGUUCGACCUUUCGAUCGGCCCGCGAAGGUUGAUCUCGGCAAACAUCACUAAUGGCUUCCAGAGACAAUCCCACGGGACCGAAUAUCUCAAAAAUGACUUGCUGCUCCGCCGAUCAAAGAAUAGUUCCAGUGACAAUUUUUCACCUUUAGUCGAAGAUAAGCAGCCGCGUAAUUUUGCCGGUCAAGAUUUCACGGAUGAAAAAGCUGAUAGUAGAGACUCAAAAGAUCUCGAAUCAGCGCCGCGCGAGCUGUCUCCUCCCUUCGAAUUGGAGGAUCCUUUUGUAGCUGACGACACGUUCCAAGAUCAAGGACCAGGCUCCGUAGAAAUAUACAAAUUGGACGUAUUCCGAGUGAAGCCUCUGUUGAGCCCCACGCCUGUCACGAGAUUUCCAUCGAAAGGGAAAAGUAAAGCACCUAAAAAGACUAGCUACGUGAAUUGGAAGUCUAAAACGCCCGAGUACAAAGCUACUAGUUUGAAUAUACUUCACAAACAGUCCAACUCGUUCGAUGACUUUAGUACAGAGAUUCCAGCAAAUACGGACCCAUUUAGUAUAGGAGGAGUGCCAGAGUUACAGGUGGGUUGUGAAGGAUUGGAGGCACCUGAUCACAGCAGAGAAAAAAGAUCGAUAGACUCCCCCGGUAAAGAUAAGAAUCCAAAGGAGGUGGAUCCCUGGGCGGAUGUAACUCCAAUAUCCUUGAACCUGGACUAUGAGCUGUCUGGCGAGGAAGACUAUGAAGAGAUGGACGAGCUGCUGAAGCUAAAGAAAUUGGAGACUACCACGAAAAGGAUCAAGCAUAGUAGAGGCGACAUGGACGCAACUAUUCAUUCGGAUUUUCACAAGGACAAAGGACGUACCGAGAAAUUACCUGUUCGCGGAGACUUGGGCAAGUCUAGCGCGAGCAAUGAAUCGACCAUCUUGUCGGAUGGCCAAAAAGAUCGAAAGGUGGAAGAAAAGAAGGUGACUGCCGAGGUUUCGCAUUUUAAUAAAGGAAAGCGAGACGAUUACCGUGUGACGAGGUCCGUCGUUGAUGAGAUGUUGAGAGAUAAUCAUCGUCGUAAGAUAUUGUGGUUCGAAGAUUCUGACGUUGAACAAUUGGAUAACAAAAACGGGAAACGUACUAAACGUCUUUGGGGUUUCGGAGAGAACGAAGGGGUAGCGACUAGCGAUGAGCUGCAGACAGUGAAUCAGCGACGAAAAAUGAAUUAUGCGGAAAGAAGAAGAGAAGAGGAGAAGAGGAAACAGGAAGAAGAACGAAGACAAAGAGCAGAGGAAUGGAGAAGACAGCAGGAAGCGCAGAGGCGAAAUUAUAUUAAGAAUCAAACAAAUACUGAUAUAGAAAAUAUCAGGAACGAAUACGAGAAAAUGUUGGAACAGAAAGAGAGAGAAGAAGAAGAAAGGAGGUGGCGAUUGCAGCAGUCAAACAGGUGGCAUCUGGAGGAAGAACAAAGACGACGUUUACAGGAAGAAGAGUCAAGAAGAAAUCGAUUGGAGGAGCAACGUCGAAUGCAAGAACUAGAAACUCGUAGAAGAUACGAAGAGUCUCCGACACGGACUCCUACUUACGAGGAGGAAAGAGAACGACAGCAAGCAGAAGAAAUAAGAAGACGAGAAGAAAAUCGUCUAAGAGAAGAAGAACGUCAACGAAGAUUACAGGAAGAAGAAUCACGUAGGAGAGAGCAGAAUAGGUGGGUGGAAGAGAUGAAACGAAGACAGCAAGAACAGGAUAGAAAAAGCUUAGAAGAAAGGAGAAGAGAAUGGACGUUGAAACGCAAACAAGAGCAAGAAGAACAAAGAAGAAGACAUCAGCAAGACAGAAACGAACCAUCUAAUUUGUUGUACUCUCCGCGAAAUAGUCCGAACGCAAAUAAACUACACAAUCCAGAAACAGAAAGACGAAUGAGAGAACAACAGGAAAAAGAACAUCAGCAAAAAUUAGAUGGAUAUAUUCAACGUAAUCGACCGAUCAACUUCAACAAAUCAAUAGAUCGACAAAGAGAAGAAGCGAACAGAUGGAGGCAGGAGAAGGAGCGACGAAGACUCGAAGAAGAACGUAUGUUACAGGAUUACAUUCGAAGAAAUCAACCAGUGCGUGUUCCGGAAGAGAGCGAAUUAUCUGAUAAAAACUGGAUGGAGUAUAGAAGGAAAUUAGAAGAAGCUAGACAAUAUAAUCGGCCGAGAUAUCCAGGUCCAGAGACGGGGAGAAAAAAUCAUGGUCCAUCAGCACCGACAAAUAUCGAUCCACGAGCUUACAAUGAUACGAGAAGAAAAGCAACUAGAACGAUCGAAGAGGAAGAAAUCCUCGAGCGACAGAGACAGCAACAGGAGCAGCUGAGAAAAGAAGCUUUGAGGCGAGAAGCAGAGGUUAGAAGGAUACAAUCGAGAAAAUACGAGGAGGAACGAAGGAGGAAAGAAGCAACGAUGUUAGAAGCGGAGAGAAAUGCGAAAGAGCUGCGGGAAGCGGAGAUCAGAAGAAAUCAAGCUGAAAGGACGAGACCAAGGCAUGAGCCUCGUAGGCGAUUCGACGAGCAUAGAGGUAGACACGACACGAGUCUUAUUCCAGCCAAUUUACUUUUGGAUGAGUCCAGGAGAGCUAUGGAGAGACAAAGACAGGAGCAAGAGAAAAGGCAACUGGAAGCUGAAAGGCGAAGAGCAAAGGAAGCAAGGGAGAAGGAGGAACGUGACAGGGUCAUGAAAGAGCAUCGGAGACGGCAGGAAGAGGCCAGGCUGAACGCGUUGCCUGUGAGCGCAAGCAUAAUAGUCCAACCCGUGGUACCUAACAUGUUAUCGAGAACGGGUUUCGAUAUCAACACGCGACUUGAUCCGUAUCAAGAAGGAGUGCAAGUGCCAAACUUUCCAGCGCCACCAACUCGACAGCCACCUGUACAAAGUCCUUCACCCUGUGUUUGGGCGGUUGUUCAAUGCUGUCCAUCGAAAACCAAUCGUCUAGUCACCUGUUUCGAAUCCAUGGGUUGUCCAGGUCUUAACUGGGACCCUAACCCAUGCAAAGGUUCCAUUAUACAAGCCGCUAAGGAGCAGGUGGGGAAAUUUUACGCUCAGCUCGAGGAAGAGGAUUUUUAUUAAUGGAAACACGUGGAAUGUGAAAUGUGCCAAGUUCCAAGGUUUUAUGGAUCAUCCAAAUAUCUUUCGAGCAUCGAUUACAAGAAAUUGUCUCUAGCUUUUUAAGAAACUGAAGGGAAUUACUGUGAGUGGAUCGAAUAAUUAAUAACAACUUUAUAUGCAGGAUUAAUUAUGUAAAAAGAUCCUAUUGAUGGAAAUUUUGAAUACAUAAUAAAUCUUAAUAGUUGAUAAAUAAUAGGUAUAUUGAUAAUUAUAGAUAUUUUAUCUUUAAUUGAUAAUAGAUACAUUUCCUUUCAUUUUAGUUCUUUUAUAAUACCAUUGGCUUAGGAAGUUCAUGAUAAAUUCAAUACGUAGGAUAUUUUGUAUAAAAUAAAGUUUGUUCUUCCUAGUCUAGAUUUACAUUUAUGCAAAUGAAAAUAGUGGAUAAAGAAAUUUUUUGGAAAUAAGUUUGAGUUGAACAUUUAGAUGAUUAUUACUGUUAGAAAAUUUGAGAAUUUUUAAAACUGAAUCUACAUAAUAUUUUAUUAUAAUUAAUUGCAAUUAUAAUUAUAGUAAAACAAAAUAUCGUCGAUUAUAACGAACUGUUUUUCAAAUGUUGAAUGAUAUAAAAUUUCCUCCAAAUCUAUUGACAUGACAAUUUAAUUUUGCAAAGGUACCUUCAUAAAAAAACAAAUUAUUUUAUUUCAUUUGAUCAAAUUGACAAUUUCAUAUUUCUUAAGUUUGUUAAAUAUGUUAACAUGUUCAAUGUACAUUAAUAUAUGUACUGACGUAACAUAUUAACAUAUUAACAUAUACAUAAAUAUACACUUCUAUCAAAUAUACGAAUAUAUACAAAAUUUAUAUUUAUAAUUAUAUUAGAAUAUUCAGCUUUUUCGAUCCACUCAAUUAUUCAAUAUAACUUGUAGCACAUUGCAAGAAGAGCCUGUUCUUCGUUGUUCUCGUAUUCUUAGAUCGUAAAUUCUACCUAUAGUUAUAUUAUAGAUUCGGUAUUUUUCUACUCGCUUCUUUAGAUCGUCGUUAACGAUGCAUGAUAGCCUUUUUAAAUAUAACAAAGCGAACAAAUGCGCCAAGAGUUUCGAAACCGUGCACUGUGUUCUUGUGAAAUCGAUGGAUCAGAAAUUUUGCGAUGGUUGCAAUCACUUCAAAUAUAUUUUCUGAGUAUUGCAAUUCUUCCAAGUUAAGUUUAAUAACAAAAAAUAGUGUAAUAUUGUAUUAGGUACAAAUGAUUCUUUGCAAAGGCUCCAAACGUAAGAUAUAAAAACACAGAGAGAAAUAAAGAUGUCCCAGGUUUCUAAACGAAGCAAAUCUAUAUAAUAUAUUCUAUAAGGAAAACUAAGUAAAAAGUUUUAUAGAAUCUAUAGCUCAUAAAUAUUUAUUAAAAAGUUAUAACUGAAAUACAAAGUAAUAACCAAUUUUUCUUUAAUUGUUUAAAUCUGGUAAUUAAACGGACAUUAUUCUUGCUAUCAACCUAAUCCAACCUAGAUCUGAUUAUAUAUAUAAUUCUACUUACAUGGAAUUUAAAAACAUAUUUUCUAUGACAAGAAUUAAUAAUUAGUAGAAUUAAUUCAGAAACUAAUGUAUAGAAUUCAUAAUGCAUUGACUGAAAUUGAGAGAAAAUUAGAAAAAAUUGUCAAUGUAAAAAAUUUUGUUUUUGCAUUUUUAUUUAGAAAUAGUGAAAUAAAAGUUAAAAUAUCAAGUACAUGAAUAUCACUAAUCUGUUUCUCUCCUUUAUCAAACAGGCAGUCGGUCGAUUGUUAUUUUAUAUUUCUUUAAUAAUUUUUUAAUGAACAUUUAUGUUUAUAUGACAUUUUUCUCUUCUCAUUACUUCGUUUUGCGGAGAAAACUGGAAACAUCUAUAUAGAGUUUCAAACGCCACUUAGAAAUUUUUCUCGCAAUUAAAAAUUAAAAACAAAAUCUUCAGCGAUUUUUAAUUAUAGGACAUAGCGUUGGAGUAUUUGCUGGGAAUACUUACCAGGUCUAACGAAAACUAUGAAACGUUUCGUAACCCAUUAAAGGUCAAACAAUUAAAUAAUAUAUAAAAGUUGAGUAAGCAGAACAUUACUGUUGCAUAUAAAGCAAAUUUUUGUGCUAUAAAGAGAAUUACACAAAGAAUAUAUUAAAGUAAUAGAUAUAAUAUAUUACAGAAACCCAUUACUCAAAUCGGAGGUAGAAAAAGGAUUUUUAUAAUUGAUAUAAAUAUUUUUUUACCAUAGUGAUACAAAAUACAUCAAUUUCGCUUUUCAUAAAAUUGUAAAAUCCAUAUGGAAGGAGAAAUAUUCGGUUCGAAAAAUUUGCAGCGUUUUUAUUAUGAAAUUCUAUCAAAUAAUAAAAUAUUCCAAAAAAUAUUGCCCUUAGUUAGAUACUAAAGAGAAUUAGAGACAAACAUAAAAAGUUCGUUAAUAAAACAGGUUUCCUUUUUCAGUAAGACAAUAUUAAACUUUAAAAUAUAUAAUAUAUUUUAUAAUUAUAUAAUCUAUAUCUGUAUGAAUAUAACAUACUCUCAUUAUUAUUUAUCAUGGUCUUCAAAAAACUUAAUUAAUAAUAAAAUUACAUUUUAUAAGAUUAUUUAUUUAUUAAAAUGGUGACGAAAAAUAUAUUAAGGGAAUCCUUGGAAUCUUCUUUCAGAGCUACAAUUUCUUUUGAUAAUUUUGAUAAUUUGAUAAUAUAAACUGAAGAGAAUGUCAAACGAAACGUUGCAGUAAUGCAACAUUAGUCUUUAAUGGGUUAAUGAAAAUACCUCGUUCAGCGAAUUAACGUUUUAUGCGAAAUAAGCAAUACUGGGACCAUUAAAUCGUUUCCAGACUCGCCACAGAAGGAUCAAACGAAACAGGAAUCGCUAUGCUUUACAGAACGCGAUACAAUUUCGAGAGGGAGCCAAUAUUCAACAGAGAGUAACUGAUCGUUUAGAAUUGGACAAUCGCCAAUUUCAGUGCCGAGUCGGUUAGCAUGUAAAAAUAUAGAUAUAAAGAAAGUAUGAGAGAUAGAGUGAAUGUAUGAAUGAGAGUGAAAAAGAAGAGAGAAAAGAGAGAGGAAAGAGAGAGGGAAAGAGGGAAGAAAAAUGCGACAUCUGUUCGCAUAGUAGACACACGCGCAAUUAAGCAUGUUCGCUUCUCGUUUAACAAACGUAAAGUUAUUAACUAUUAAGUCCUUUGCUUUUUUCCUCUUGUACGUAGUCGUCGAGCUAUAUUAUCGCAGCUUUCUCACAUGUGAUAUAAUAGAUAGGCUCUUAAUUUGCUAUAGCAUAGUAACAUAUUUAUCUGUAUAAUAUAACCGAACAUGCACGAGUAUUAUAGCGAAUCAAAACGAAAGCUCUUUCGAAACGAAUGGAAAUAUUGAAAGGUAUAUGAAGAGUAAAGAGAAUAAUAAGGUUUGGAAAACUAUUUGUUUAAUAGUCUUCCAAUAUACAUAUAAUGCAUUUUGUGACAAAUGAGAUUAGAGAAUUAUGUAGAUUCAUUAUUAGAUUACGAAUAUUUAUGCAAAUUCAAAUUCUUAUGAAAACAAUUAAAGAGAUUAAAUUUAAGCAGAUAUUUGUUUUGGCAACUCAAUCUAAUAGUGAUUAUCAUAUAUUAUUAUAUAUUAUUAGUUACACAUCCGGUGUCCAGUAAUUAUAAGUGAGACGUCGCACUGAAGAAUUGACGUACUGUUGCUAUUUCAAAGGUAAAAGAAAAACAUGAUACACAAUGAAUUAUUAUCUUUAUAUGUUUAGUCUUGUUUAUUUGUUUAUAUUAAUCGAGUAGAAGCAAAAUUGUUUAUAUUUUCUUUUUCUUUGAAAAGUUUCUGUUGUAACAACAAUAUUUUUCUAAAAUAUGCAGUACCUCGAUUAGAGUAUGAAUUUUAUCUUUAUUUAUAUUUACUUUAUCUAUACUUCCUCAAUAGUGAACUUCAAAGUAUCAGAAGGUCUCACGCGUAAAGAGAGAACGGAAAAUAAAGUAUUUAAACGUUAAUAUAAUUGCUGGCUAUAGUAUCGAAUAACAUAUUUUAAUAACAGUAUAAAUUGACAUUUUUAUUUUGUUCCAAUACUCUGCAGCGUUCAACUACAAGAACAAAUUUAAAUAUUUUAAAAUAAUUAUUUUUACUUAUUUUUGUUAUUUCUAUUGUAGGUAAAUUUUAUAUGCAUAGCUAAUUCAUCGUUCCUCUUGUUCUUUCACUUAUGAAGUAAAAGUACAGAAGAAGGAUAAUUUUAUUUUCAUAUGAGAAAAGAUUAUCUAUUUUGAACUAUUUUAUACAUAUUAAUACUAAACAAACACAGACGAGAUAAAAACAUUGGAAUAAAAAUGUAAUAAUUUCCUUCAGUUCCUAUGCUUUUUUUCUAUUCUUUCUUGCAAGGAACUAUCUUCUAAUUUUUCAUUAAUCAAUGUUCCAAUAAUCGAGGUUCUACUGUAUUAAUAAUCGAUUAUUCUCAACAAUUUUCCUUAUUUUUUCCUCACUCUUCAUAUGUGUGGAUAUGUACAGUAUGCACUUGUUCGCCCAAAGAAAAUACGAUAUAAUAGAUUUUGCUAAUGUAUUACGUGACAAUAGCAACAGGAUACUUUAGUUGAUUGCAACUGUAGAUGGUUAAGCGAAUAUUAAUAUUUCUUGUUCUGAUUAAUAUUUUAUAGCGCUAGCAACGAUAAGAUCGAUAUUUUUCUACUUGACACGUUGCAAAGAGGAAUAUGUAACAAUACGUGCUUGAACUGGUGAGAAGACUAUAGAGAUUCUUAGCUCGCUGUAACAUAUUUAACAUUUAACUUUAUAAUAUAAUUCUUUAUAAAUAUGAAUGUCUAACUCAA